AAUACGUAAGGGGGUAAGCAGCCAAAGGACACACGAUAACACGGAGAUACUGUGCAUGGAUAUCUUUUGUUCUGGAGAACAGAACACAAUUCCCAUGAUAUUUCAAAAUACUGGCAUAUAUUCCUCAGUUAUCGCCGCAGUCGAGUAAUUUCUUUGUGGAUUUCACUCUGUUUUUUUCGUGUCGCAGAGGAAAAUGUCGGACAGAACAAUGGCGCGGCAAGUACUGCUGUUUAUUUGUCUCCUCUCUCUCAGUUCAGUGCACGGACAGGUCAGUUACUCCAUUCCUGAGGAAAUGCCCAAAGGAUCUUUAGUCGGUAACAUAGCGCAGGAUUUAGGUUUAGAUUUAAAGAGACUGAAAUCAGGAAAAGCUCGUAUUUAUACUGGAGACAGCGCUGAAUACAUCGAGCUGAAUAAAGAGAGGGGAGUCCUCCUUAUCAAAGAGAGAAUAGACCGAGAAGCGCUGUGCGCACAGACAACGCCUUGUGCUCUACAUUUUCAGAUCAUUUUAGAGAAUCCAGUCGAGCUGUUGAGAAUAACCGUUGAAAUAACAGAUAUUAAUGAUAACCCCCCAACCUUUGAAAAGUCCGAAAUGAAAUUUAGAAUCAGUGAAUCGGCAGUAAUAGGAAGUAAAUUUAUGUUGGAAAGGGCCAUGGAUCCGGAUGUCGGUAUAAAUGACCUUCAAAGCUAUUCUCUUAGUCCUAAAGACAAUUUCAUUCUGAAAAUGAAAAAUCAGCCUGACGGAACUAAACUGGUUGAAAUGGUUUUACAAAAGGAGCUUGACAGAGAAAAGCAAGAUAGGAUUUCUUUAAUUCUGACAGCGGUAGAUGGAGGUGACCCAAAAUUGUCUGGCACUGCGCAAAUACAUGUAACAGUAUUAGAUGUAAAUGACAAUGCACCAGUUUUUACGCAGCCUUUUUAUAAGUCCACAGUGAGAGAAAACGCUCCGAAAGGCACAGUCCUCGGUAAAGUUAGCGCAUCAGAUGCUGAUAACGAUGGUAACGGUGAAAUUAUUUACAGCAUAACAAACACAAUGGACAAUGUCCGUGAAAUAUUUGAAGUGGACCAAAAUAAUGGAGAGGUAUUGGUGAGGGGAGAAAUUGAUUUUGAAAAGUCUCGUCAUUAUGAAAUACAUUUUCAAGCUACUGAUGAAGGUGGACUCACAGACUCAUGCAAAAUGCUUGUUGAUGUUAUAGAUGCAAAUGAUAAUGUUCCUUUAAUUAAUAUAUUGACAAUGACACAAAAAAUAAGUGAGGAUUCUAAACCAGGGACAGUAGUUGCUAUGAUGAACGUGCAAGAUCCGGAUUCAGAAGACAAUGGAAAAGUUAUUUGUUCAAUAAAUGAAAAUCUGCCUCUUGGGCUGAAAUCGGCAUCUGAUAAUUUCUAUAGUAUUGUAACUGAAAAUGAUUUAGACCGAGAGAGAGAGUUUGGUUAUAAUAUCAGUGUGAUCUGCGCUGAUGAGGGAUCUCCAUCUCUCUCCAGCAGCGUCACUCUCUCCUUACAGAUAUCAGAUGUGAAUGAUAACGCUCCUGUGUUUGAGAGGAGCUCAUAUGAGGCCUCCAUUCCAGAAAAUAACACACCAGGUCUCUCCAUAUUCACAGUCAGAGCCAGAGACGCAGACUGGAACCAGAAUGCGCGAGUCUCCUACAUACUGGAGGACUCGUCGGUUAACGGAGUGCCCGUCUCCUCUUACGUAUCUGUCAGUGCUGAUAGCGGCGUUAUCCAUGCAGUGCGCUCUUUUGACUACGAGCAGAUCAAAGAUUUCCAGUUCCGCGUAAUAGCGCAAGAUGGAGGCUCCCCUCCUCUCAGUAGCAACGUGAGUGUGAAGAUCAUCAUUCAGGACCAGAACGACAACGCGCCUCAGGUUCUGUACCCAGUCCAGACUGGGGGCUCUGUGGUGGCUGAAAUGGUGCCUCGCUCAGCAGAUGUGGGCUAUCUCGUGACUAAAGUGGUGGCUGUUGAUGUGGACUCUGGACAGAAUGCCUGGCUCUCAUAUAAACUGCAGAAAGCCACAGACAGGGCGCUGUUUGAAGUGGGCGCACAGAAUGGAGAAAUAAGAACUGUGCGCCAAGUGACCGAUAAAGAUGCUGUGAAGCAGAAACUCACUGUUGUAGUGGAGGACAACGGGCAGCCCUCUCGUUCAGCUACGGUCAAUAUUAACGUGGCGGUGGCGGACAGUUUCCCUGAAGUGCUCUCGGAGUUCACUGACUUUACGCACGACAAGGAUUACAACGACAACCUGACUUUCUAUCUAGUCUUGGCCUUGGCUGUAGUUUCAUUUCUCUUUAUCGUCUCCAUCAUAGCCAUACUGUCAGUCAAAUGCUACAGAUGGAGACGUGAGCGGAUGUUUUAUAAAUCAGGUGCCAAUCUGCCAGUUAUUCCAUAUUAUCCACCCCUUUACGCAGACGUAGGAGGGACGGGGACUUUACAGCAUGUGUAUAAUUAUGAGGUUUGCAGAACGACUGACUCCAGAAAGAGUGAUCUGAAAUAUGCCAGACCUUCCAGUGAGAGCAUCAUUAGCUUGGACACCAGUGGCACACAGACUCUGACGCAUGCGCAGAGGGAGAAACUGGCCACUGAUAAUUCUGAUACACAGGUGAGCUUUAAUCAUGUGUCUAAGUGUUUCAUCUAAAAUCUUAUUUGUUUGUUUUCAUAGGUCACUUUAAUUUUUAAGGCAGCAUUUGUUUAUCUGUCUUUACAUUUCCUUUAUAAUUUAAAGGUAGUCGGUUCAAAAUAAUGUCUGAAUGGAAAAAGG